UCGUCUUACUCUUAUCAAUGGAAAUCCCUUCUCUUCUAUUCUUUUUCACUGUCUGAAGAACAACUACCCAAGCAAGAGGAGAAGAAGAAGAUCUCAAAAUCUCCCUCAAAACCUCCUAAACCCUAAGUCCCACCUCACAAUGACGACCAUUCAGUCUCCUCCACCGCCGGCCUCUUCCAAUCGCAGACCCAAUUGUCCUUCCUGCGCCAAACCUUCCCGCUUUUGCCUCUGCGUCCGAAUUCAAAACCCCAAUCUCCGUAACUCCACUGCCGUCACCAUUCUUGAGCACACCCUCGAAAAGAAGCACCCUCUUAAUUCCGCCAAAAUCGCCACUUUAGGGCUACAAAACGUUGUCGUUGCCUCUGUCUCCGAUGUUAACAUCCACGCCACUUUUUCCAUUCGUGUGAUGAUGGAAACUCAGAACCCACCCAAAAAAAGUUCAGAUUUUGAUGAAUCUUCAUUUACUUUAACAUCAAAUGUUAUCUUCAAUGAACAGAUUCUCUACAACGAUUGUGUUGGGAAGACAUCAGAUGGUGAUUCCAAGUUAGAAGAGACUGGUCGAAUUUGGGAGAUACAAAUCUUAACAGUUCCAGCAGGAUCUAUGCUUCUCUUCCCUAGUGAAAGAGCAGUUGGAAUUCAGGAGAGGAGGAAGAUUGAUGGUCAUAAAGAAGUAAAGAAUUUGAUCGUUCUUGAUGGGACAUGGGCAAAGGCAAAGAGGAUGUACAAGGAGAAUCCAUGGCUGGAUCUGUUGCCCCAUUUGAAGUUGGAAAUGGAGAUGAUGAGUUUGUACAGUGAAGUAAGGAGUCAGCCAAGGGAUGGAUGCUUGUCCACCAUUGAAAGCAUUGUAUAUGCUUUGAAAGGCUUGGGAGAAGAAACUGAUCAUGGGCUGGAUGAACUAUUACAGGGCUUUGGAUCGAUGGUUGAAGAUCAAAGACGAUGCAAGGAUCAAAGAAGAUCAAUGACAGCCAAGGCCUUUUCUUCAUCCUAUCCACUUUCAAGAGAUCAGUCUUCACAUGGUGUAACAACUAAGCAUGAUAACAUGAACUUUGGCAACAUGACUGAAUAUGAUCAGCGUGACAAGUCUCACGGGAGAAGUUCGAUUUUUGUAAAGAAAUAUGAGAGUGCCCCAACAACCAGAGAGAUCGAGAUGAGUAGUGAGAUUCAGGAGCUUUCUGGGCUUAGGACGGACAUAAUCACCGUUGACAGUGGCCACAUCAAUCAAUAG